AUGAUCGAUCGAGCAGUGCACUUGCAUAAGAAGAGCGAGCCUGCCAAACCCGAGAUUCCGAAAGCUGAGCCUGCGAAAACCCUGGCUGCGAAAAGCAAGCCAGUUGCAACCCCUGCACGAUCCGCUCCAGCAAUCCCUGCUGUGGUUGAAGAGCCACCCCAGACUCCGAAGUUGAGCCGCACGACUACGGAUGUGGAGAUGGGCAUGGCAGAUGCUGCAGUUGUGGAGCAAGCAGACAACCCGAAGCCAAGCCCCAUGAGCAUCGCGAGCACACCUAUGAAGUCUCCAGUCUCGAAGAAGUUGAAAGGUUCGAUCGGUUCAACCGAAAGCUUGGCCAGCUCGGUCCCAUCCCUUCCUAGCUUCUCGGGCAGCAGUGCUUCAGAUCGCAGACCGCAUCACUCUGAUUCUGCUACAACCCUGAGCUUGGGUGGCUACUUUCAGUCGAUGAGACUUCAUGAAGGUUCACAGGAUCUGAGCGGGAUCUUGGAGGAGACAUGCUCCGUGUGCGGCAAGAUCUGCACGAACGAGGAUGGAUGCAAGAUCUAUUGCACUGCCCAGUGUCUGAUGAAGGCCCUGACAGAUAUGGUUGCAGCAAGGGCGGCCCCAGAAACCUCGGUUGAUGCUGCUGUGUCACUCGAAGCAUCCCCCGCGAGCAAAGCAUCACAGCUACUCCCCUCGACCGUUUCAGGAGUCCCCGAAGCCUCAAAGCCAGAAAUCCCCGGAGCAUCACAGCCACUUCCCACAGAGGCCACUUCAGAGAUCCCCGGAGCAUCACAGCCACUUCCCGCAGAGGCCAGUUCAGUGAUCCCCGCAUCGCAGCCACUUCCCACAGAGGCCAGUUCAGACAUUUCCGGAGCAUCGCAGCCACUUCCCACAGAGGCCACUUCAGAGAUCCCCGGAGCAUCACAGCCACUUCCCGCAGAGGCCAGUUCAGUGAUCCCCGCAUCGCAGCCACUUCCCACAGAGGCCAGUUCAGAGAUCCCCGGAGCAUCGCAGCCACUUCCCACAGAGGCCAGUUCAGAGAUCCCCGGAGCAUCAGAGCCACUUCCCACGCAAGCCAGUUCAGAGAUCCCUCGAGCAUCAGAGCCACUUCCCGCAGAGUCCGCUUCAGAGCCGAUCGCUGACGGCAAGUUGGAGCAUGAUCUCGAAAGGCUUAUGGUACUGGAGGAAGCUACUAUCGCACAGCAUCGAGCAGAAGCAGCCGUGCAGAUGCAGGAGGCCGUCAACAAGCUUUGCCUUGCUAUGUUGAAGCAUCGAAGCCUUGAUACUGUGCGAUCUGCGAAGAUCCAGGCCAUGCUUAAAAGACAGGACUCUUUGGAUGAUAUCGAGAAUAUGACUGCUGAGCUUGAGAAAGUCGAAGAAGAGCCCGCUCCCAAGGUCACCGCGAAGACACCGGUGGCGACGCCAAGCCCGCCCCCUGCACCUGUGCCCCCUGCACCCGUGCCCCGUGCACCCGAGCCCCAUGCUGCCGCCAGCGAGGCGAAGGCAGGGGGCAAGAUCGAGGUAAAGAAGGAGGAGACGGAGGGUUUGGACGGGGAACCGUUGAAGCCCGAGGAGACCGCUGAUGGUGAAGAGGCUACAGCGAAAGAAGCCAAACGCAGCAACAACUGCCCGCCGGAGAUCUACUCCAAGGUCUUCCACCCGAAUGGAAAGUCCAGCGGCAUGGCAGCCUGA